AGAGUACGUGAAGGAGACCAGUACGUGAAGGAGUCAGUGGCCUUAGAAGACGCAGUAAGAAAAAAAGAAGCAUCCUUGAAUUACGAGCAACUGGAAGUUUACAAUAAAAUUAUCACAAGUGUAGAUGCAAAUGACCGUCGAAUAUUCUUCUUAGACGCUCCAGGUGGAACUGGUAAAACCUUCCUUAUUAAUUUACUUUUGGCGAAAGUAAGUACUCACGGCAUUGCCCUGGCUGUGGCGUCGUCCCUCAUAGCUGCUACAUUACUUGAAGGUGGUCAAACUGCUCAUGAUACUUUUAAGUUACCACUUAAUUUAAUCACUGCCGAGACUCCCAUUUGCAACAUCUCCAAACAAAGUAAUUUUGCUGAAGUUUUAGAAAGUACAAAAAUAAUCGUGUGGGACGAAAUAACGAUGGCUCAUACAGGUGGUAUUGAAGCUUUAAACAGAUCACUGAGGGAUAUAAGGGGUAAUGCAAAAUUAAUGGGUGGCGUAACAGUUUUGCUGGCCGGAGACUUUCGGCAGACUCUAUCAGUGGUGGCAAAAGGAACCAGAGCUGACGAAGUGAAGUCGUGCAUUAAAAAAUCUAAUUUGUGGCCCCAGGUUAAUAUUCUUGAGCUCUCUAAAAAUAUGAGAGCACAUUUGGGCGGGGAUGAGUCUGCUGGUAGAUCUUCUUAA